CUAAAUGUUGCCAUUUUUACUCUUUUUUAUUUUUUGGGGUAUAACGUACACACUAUUGUUCUUGUAUGUUAAAGUUGACUUUAAGUAUAGAUGAACCACCCUGGACGUGAUACUCUUGCUCAACGAUUACCACAAGAGAUACUAGGUGAAGUUUAUCGCCAUUUAACCAUCAGCGGCUUGCUUAUCUUGUCAUCAACAAGUCGAUGGCAGCGUUUUACAAUACUGAAUCAUCCCAUUUGGCAAGAAAUAGCUGAACGUUCUCGAUUGAGCACACCUAAGCGUAAAUACAAGACAUGGUAUGACAUCGUCAAGAGCAAAAUAAAUAUUAUAUGUGAACAAUGCUACUGUAUUGGAUCGCGAAAUGGACAGCGCUCUGUCCUUGCCAUAAAAGUCAAUGUCCAAGAAAACGCCACCAACAGGCGCUUGGCUAUGCUCCGCUUGUGUUUGGAAUGCAGAAAGGAUCACUUUAUGAAACAUGGAGUCAUAAAAGAGAAUGUGUUGCCUCAAAUAAGAUAUGACUAUCACAAUCCAGAAAAGCGUUUGGAAGAAACAAUUCGUUGGUGUGAAGUCAAGUUCAACUUUAACUUGCCUGCAGAACUAGUUCAACUUUUACCAAGAUAUACAGGUAAAUACAGGACAGAUGAUAUCAUUAGCUUGGCACGCACAAUGUAUGGAGGAGAUGUUGGUAUUGCUGCUUAUCAGAGGGCAAGAAAGAAUAGAAAAAGAUUCAAGUUUUCUAGAGAAGAAUUUCUCUUGCAAGAAAAUAUUUAUCAAAAAGUCAGAUAUGUGCGUCGUUAAGGCAAACAGGAAAUAAAUAUUAUACAGUCAAGGUUAUUUGGUUCUUUAAUCUGUAAUGAGCUUGGUUGUAGGCUUCACUAUGAUCUUACACUUUAUCCACAAAUUAUUCACACACUGAUAA